AUGUCGCUGUCCUCAAAGAGGCAGCCGCUUUGCCAAGCGUAUUUUAAAUUGUUUGGCCAACGGAGCUCCAUGCCAAAACACCUCUUGGGCCAACCGGCUGUCUCAAUUUCUGUGGAGCAUCUCCUUCUCAAAUACCUGUUUGUGCAAGAGUCCUCUGUGUCGUAUGUGAACUGGCCAGAACUUCUCAGCAUCUACAAUGCCUGCUGGGUCUACAACGACAAAGAUGGAUCCGUGGAGCAGAAACAGCUGAACUAUGUGCCGGGAUUGUACAAGAUCUUCGAUGAGAUCCUGGUGAAUGCUGCUGACAACUAUGUCAGGGACAAUUCCCAAACGUACAUCAAGGUGACCAUCAAUGAGAAAGAUGGUUGGAUAAGCGUGGAAAACAAUGGGCGAGGACUGCCAGUGGAGGAGCACAAGGAGCACCAGAUGUACGUCCCUGAGAUGGUAUUCGGACACCUUCUCACAAGUGACAACUACGAUGAUAGCGAGAAGAAGGUGACUGGCGGACGGAAUGGCUAUGGCGCCAAGCUCACGAACAUUUUCUCAACAAAGUUUGAGAUCGAAUGUGGGGAUUCCGAACGCAGAAAGAAGUAUCAGCAGACAUGGGAGGAGAACAUGCGGAAGAAACAGAAGUCCAAAAUCUCAGCACACUUGGGCGAAAGUUUCACGAAGAUCACCUUCUGGCCGGACCUCUCCCGCUUCGGCAUGAAGAAGUUGGACAAGGACAUUGUUGGUCUGAUGUGCCGUCGCGUGGUAGACGUGGCAGGCACAACUCCUGCCAAGUGCAAGGUGCACCUGAAUGGCAAGAGGCUUGACAUCAACAGCUUCAAGGACUACAUCUCGCUGUACACUGGCACUGAAGAUGUCCAGAUAGUUCACGAGAAGUGCCAUGAGCGUUGGGAGGUCGCUAUGACAGUCUCGGACGGCCAGUUUCAGCAGGUGUCCUUCGUGAACAAUAUCGCAACGACAAAGGGAGGCACCCACGUUGUUCACGUCGCCGACCAGCUGGUCGAGGCAAUCACUCACAAGGUCAACAAGCAAAACAAGGGUGGAAUGGAAGUGAAGCCGUACCACGUGCGGAACUACUUGUGGGUUUUUGUGAACACGCAGAUUGAAAACCCAUCGUUCGACUCGCAGACGAAAGAGACCAUGACGCUCAAGCAGUCGAAGUUCGGGUCGAGCUGCGCUAUUCCCGACAAGAUGAUCAACAACGUGCUGAAGACUGGCAUUGUCGACAUGGUACUUCAGUGGGCGAAGGCCAAAGAGGAAAUCGACCUGGGCAAGACGCUGAAAGGGGGCUCCAGCGCGCCGAACAAGAAGACGAAACGGUUGCUCAACAUCCCAAAGCUGGAGGAUGCAAACCUUGCCGGCAGCAGGGAUGGUCGCGAGUGCACGCUCAUCCUCACGGAGGGAGACAGUGCCAAGUCUUUGGCGGUAGCCGGCUUGGGUGUUAUUGGUCGGGAUCGAUACGGUGUGUUUCCGCUUCGAGGAAAGAUUCUGAAUGUUCGGGAUGCAACUUUUGCGCAGACAAUGGGAAAUGCCGAGAUUGCAAACAUCACGAAGAUCGUUGGCUUGGAGCCCCGCAAGGAGUAUCACUCCACGAAUGGCUUACGCUAUGGCUCCAUCAUGGUCAUGACAGACCAAGACUACGACGGGUCUCACAUCAAAGGGCUCAUCCUGAACUUCGUCCAGCAUUGGUGGCCUUCUCUUUUCAAGCUUCCUGGCUUCAUGACGGAAUUUGUCACCCCGAUCGUGAAAGUGAGCCGCCGGAGCACCACGCAGCAGUUCUUCACAAUGCAGGAGUACGAGAAGUGGAAGGAAGAGAACAACAACGGGCGUGGAUGGCAUCUGAAGUAUUACAAAGGUCUCGGAACAUCUACGAUGGCCGAAGCCAAGGAAUAUUUCAGCAACAUCAAUGAGCACAGCCUCUCGUUCGAGUACACGGGCCAGAAUGACGACGAAGCUUUCGACAUGGCCUUCAACAAGAAAAGGGCGGAUGACCGCAAGGAGUGGAUCAACGACGCUGAUGACGAGGAGUUCGUGGACCAUUCCAAGGAUGCAGUCACGUACUUGGACUUCAUCAACAAAGAGUUGGUGCAGUUCGCAAAGUACGAUGUGCUACGGGCUAUCCCAUCCGUGGUUGAUGGGUUCAAGCCAGUACAGCGCAAGAUCAUGUGGGCCUCCUUCAAGCGAAACCUGAAGAGCGACACGAAGGUGGCUCAAUUGGCAGGCUAUGUUUCAGAGCACGCAGCGUACCACCACGGCGAAUCAUCCUUACAAGGUGCCAUCGUAGGACUGGCGCAGACGUUUGUCGGCGCAAACAACAUCAGCUUGCUUGUGCCGUCCGGGCAGUUCGGGACUCGCAUUCAGGGCGGCAAGGAUGCCGCCAGUGCCCGUUACAUCUACACUCGGCUGGAGAAGGUCACCCGUCUGAUUUUCCACCCUUCUGACGAUGCUUUGCUCGAUUUCCAGGUUGAAGAAGGUCAGCGGAUCGAGCCGAAGUGGUACAUUCCCGUCCUCCCACUGGUCCUUGUGAAUGGCGCAGAAGGGAUCGGAACUGGAUGGUCGACUUUCCUCCCCAACUAUCACCCCCGGGACAUCAUCGCCAACCUGAAGAGGUAUCUCCGCUGCCAGCCGGUGCAGGACAUGUGCCCGUGGUAUUCCGGCUUCAAGGGAAGCAUCGUCCUGUCGCCCGACAAGGUGGGCUAUGAGUCGGUGGGCGUGAUCGAGAAGAGAGGGCCGACCACUUUGGAGAUCACCGAGCUGCCGAUCAGGAAAUGGACCCAGGACUACAAGGAGGGAGUUCUCCAGCCCAUGCUGUCGACCGACGGACCUGGGACCGGCCAGAUCGAAGACUUCAAGGAGUGCCACACUGAGGUUGCCGUCCACUUCAUCAUCACAGUUACGGAGGAGCAGAUGAAAGCUCACGAAUACAUAGGACUGGAGAAGUCCUUCAAGCUCCGGAGUUCACUCUCGACAAACAACAUGAUGUUCUUCGACAAGGACGGCAAGAUCAAACGGUACAGCGAUGAGCGCCACCUCAUCGAGGAGUUUGCAGAACUCAGGUUGGAGUACUACCACAAGCGCAAGGCCCACCUGGUCAGAGUCUUGCGGAUCGAGGCAGAGAUUCUCGCGGCAAAAGCUCGCUUCAUCCAGGAGGUCAUCGACGAGAAGUUGAAGGUAAAGAACAGGAAGAAAGACGCCUUGAUCGAGGAUUUGCGCAAGCGUGGCUUCAAGACUCUCCGUGAGAUCACCGAAGGUGAAGACGUGGCGUCGGAUGGAUCCACAGGGAAGUGGGAAUACCUUCUGGGAAUGCCCAUAUGGUCACUCACCGCCGAACGAGUGGCUCACCUCCUGGCUCAGCUGAAGGACAAGCAGGCCGAGCUCCACAAGCUUGAGUGCACAGCGCCGGAGGAGCUGUGGGAGUCCGACCUGAACGAGAUCCUCAAAGAGCUCGGAGCUUUGGAGGCCCGAAGCCGUGCGGCUGCCGCAGAGGAGAAAGCUGCACAGAAGCGGGCUGCCCUUAGCAGCACGCAGUCUUCCAAGAAGGCCAAGACGGCAGCGAGCUCGACGCCUUUGCCAACGCCGGCUCUGCCGCCUGGACAGCUGUCAACGACAGCUCUUGCCGAGAUGCAGGAGCGUCAGCUCAAGCUGACCCUGACUGAGCUCCCUGGCCUGUUCAACGACAUGGUGCCGAAAAAGCCGCCACCUCCUCCCGGCCUGGAGAAGCUCACCAAAAGCGCCGCAAACACAGCAGCUGGAGGCAAAGGUGACGAGGCCGACGAGGGCGAGGAGGCCGUGAAGCCGAGGGCGAAGGCCAAAGCAUUCUUCGAGAAGAAGGCCAAAGUUGCGGCCGCUGCGAAAACGAAAGGAAAGGCAGCGAAAGGCAAGGGCCGUGGAGGUCGGGGCGCGAAAGCGAAGGCUGUGAAGGGCGUUAGGGGCCGAGGAAGGAAGUGA